AUCUUUGUAGAAAAGUGCAAUAAGGCAAAAAGCUCUCCUUCCUCCAGUGUGUUCCGGUCUUUCUUCUACGCUGCAAAAACAUAGACAGAGACAUAGACAUAUACGGUGCGUGAUUCGAUCGAUCAAUCGAGGAUGUUAGCUGUGUUCAACAAGGCGGUGGCGAAGAGCCCAGAUGCUCUUAACAUCCCCAACAAUGAAUCUGCGGUCUGCGCUCUAAAAGAUGGAUUUUUGGCCAAGAAAUUCGCCUCCACCCACUCCGGCGCCGUCACUAUCAAUCUCGGCGAUUCCGGCUUCUUGAACUAUACUUCUGUUCGUCAAAAUCCGCUUCUUCCCAGGUUGUUCUCGGUUGUGGAUGAUAUAUUCUGCUUGUUUCAAGGCCACAUUGAGAACGUGGCGCAUCUGAAACAGCAAUAUGGGCUGAACAAGACUGCAAAUGAGGUGAUCAUUGUCAUUGAGGCAUACAGGACAUUGAGGGACAGGGGUCCUUACCCUGCUGAUCAAGUUGUGAGAGAUCUUCAUGGAAAGUUUUCCUUCAUCGUCUAUGACAACACAUCAAAAGCUACCUUCAUUGCUGCUGAUGCCGAUGGAAGCGUGCCCUUCUUCUGGGGUACUGAUUCUGAAGGCCAUCUUGUUCUCUCUGAUGAGGCUGACAUUGUGAAGCAAGGGUGUGGGAAGUCUUUUGCACCAUUUCCCAAGGGAUGCUUUUUCACCACUUCUGGAGGCCUAAGGAGUUAUGAACACCCUCUAAAUGAGUUGAAGCCAGUGCCAAGGGUGGAUAGCUCUGGUGACAUGUGUGGUGCGACCUUCAAAGUGGAUGCAGAGUCUAAGAAAGAGGGAACUGGCAUGCCUAGAGUUGGAAGUGCGGCUAACUGGUCUGAUAACUACUAAGCUGGCCAAAUUUCAUUCACACAAAGGCUUGCACCUUGGUUUCCCUUUUGUUGUCCCAUUUCGAACUUUUGUAAACCCGCAGUGAAUUUUAUGGUAGUAGGAAUUGUUAGACUAUGGCAAGAUGUUUCGUGUGGCUAUUGAUGAAUGUUUCAUGGUGAAUACAUUCAAAUAAGCUACACCAGUUAAAGGCCAUUUCUGAUGUUUAAGAAAUAUGUCGAAAAUAAGAGUGAAAUGUGUGCUGCUGAUAUAUUACACAUUUCCUUUGACAAACAAGGCUUACUGUUUGAUGUAAAUCUAGAGUUCAUAGAGUGAAGACACUUGUUUACAUGCA